UAUUUUAAAAUAUUAAAGAGAGGGAGUAAAAAAAGAAAAUAAAGAGAAAUUAGUAGGUGUUUGUUUAGGGAGCGAGAAAAGAGGAGGAAACAAUGGGCGAGGUAUCUGAAACGAUGACGAAGAAGAAGAAGAAGGGACGCCCAUCCCUUUUGGAUCUUCAAAAGCGAUCCCUCAAGAAGCAACAACAGCAACAGCAACAGCAGCAACAACAGAAUCAACGACACGCCGUUUCGAGAAACGCCAAAAACGGCACCAUCGUCGACGACGACGACGACGAGCGCAAGCAGAAGAAGCACAAACUCCUCGUCGGACUCAAUCCCCACCUCCAACACCACAGCCACCACGCCACCGCCGCAUUAUCCCCUUCCAAUUCUCUCCCCAGCGUCGAUCCCGAUGACGCCGCCACGCGCAAGAGGCGCAGAAUUGACGCUUCCUUCCACGGAUCAGACGAAGCCGAUGGAAAGCUUCCGAAAGCGACUGACAGUAAACAUGGUUCGCAGGGUGAAUCCGGUCCCACUACACCUUUGCCAGACAAAAAGCUCUUGCUGUUUAUCCUUGAUAGGCUUCAAAAAAAGGACACUCAUGGGGUAUUCUCUGAGCCUGUGGAUCCAGAAGAGCUUCCUGAUUAUCAUGAUAUCAUUAGACACCCUAUGGAUUUUGGAACUGUGAGGAAGAAGUUGGAUGGUGGACUUUACACCAACUUGGAUCAAUUUGAGAGUGAUGUGCUUCUGAUAUGCUCAAAUGCAAUGCAAUAUAAUUCACCAGAUACUAUUUACUAUCGACAGGCUCGCGCCAUGCAAGAAAUUGCAAGGAAGGACUUUGAGAAUCUCAGACAAGAUAGUGAUGAUAGUGAACCACAACCCAAAAUUGUGCAGAGAGGAAGGCCACCAGGCAAGCACAAUAGGAAGUCACUGGCCAUGUCUCCCGCAGAGCGCAUUGCUCCUGAAUCUUCAUCCGAUGCAACCCUUGCUUCUGUUGGGGAUAUUGCCAGUGGCUCCAAUGGUUAUAAUCUAAGAAAAGUGCUUAGUAAAUUUCAGCCUGCGGAUUCAUCAACUAGGGCCUCCCACAACAAUUUUAACAGUGGAGGUACAAGCUGGACAUCUGAAUGGGAGAAUGAAUUUCCAGCUUCUGUUCUAAAAGCUGUGUUAAGGUACGGAAAGAAGCAGUUUGCGGUUGAUGAGACCAGGCGUGAUACUUACAAUUGUCCAGUGCCUUCACGCAAUGAACCACCAGUAUUGACUACAGUUGAAGAUGAAUUCAAGCAACUACUUGCAGUUGGUUUACAUGCAAAGCAUAGCUAUGCAAGGAGCCUAGCCCAUUUUGCUGCAGAUCUUGGUCCUGUUGUUUGGAAGAUUGCUUCCCAGAAAAUCAGCAGUGUUUUGCCAAAAGGACAUGAGUUUGGUCCUGGAUGGGUAAGUGAAGAUGAAGUGUCAGAGAGGCAAAAUCUCCCAGUUUGUGAUGAAGAGAGAACUUCAGACCCUUGUUUACCAGAGGAUCAUAGAAGUAAUUUUUCUUCUUCAUCUGGAUCAUUCCUUGUUUCAAAUAGAUCAUGCUUACAAGGUGGUGAAAUGGUAAUUAACAGAGAAUUGAAUUACCAAAGUGAGUUGAAUCCACUCAGCAGGGCUAGUGGUGGUAUGUGAUUUUGGUUCAGCUGGCCGGUUAGGUUCAAAUGUAUCAUCUCAAAUGAAGAUGGUAAGACUUGCUGACUUAACUGGUUCGUCCUCCAGUGUUGGAAAUGUUCCCCAGAUGUUAGACACGGAUCACAUAAACAGCCUUCCUAGCCACACGGCACCGACCAUUAUUAAUCAGCCUCUUAAGGCUCAGGUUUUAAACAAGUUUAGUCAAUUAGAUUCCAGUAAUUUGAUGGCUCGGGAAUCUGGAUUCGAGCCACAAAGUUCGUCGCAAGGAUAUGCUGGAAAAGUUUCAUGGCCGGGCAUGGAAGUUCCCAUUCGACACAAUUCUAUUUCCCUCGGAACAUCAAAUUCAUCUAGUUCCAAUAUGGAGACCGGUUCUCAGCUGCAUCCAAAUUUGGCAUUGCAGCUCUGAUUAUAUACUAUUUUCUCCCAUAUGAUGGCUCCAUUUUUUUUUUCACCCUUAAUCAUUUUAGUUUUUUGACUUGAUAUUUCAGCUUUCUAUGCAAACAAGCUUAGAGUUAUAGUGCGAUUAACACCGGCCUAGGUCUUAGUCUCUUAGACUUGGGUGAUGUUAAAUGAUUAAUGAUUAAUUCUUCAACCGAGUUACUGCCGUCCUUUCAUAUUCAAUGUAGCUAAAGGAAAUAAUGGAGACUUGCUACAGCCAGUGACUCAAAAACUUGCUCUUGUAUUUCAAUAUUAGUCCCCUACACAUUUGUACAGUUCUUUUUUCUUUUUUCGACAAUCUGCACACUUGACUCUGAUUAUUUUGUUUCUAACGCAAAUUCAUUAUAAUCAAAAUGGUAAUUGUAAUUUGUAA